AUGACUGUGGUUAGAGACUCUGUUUGGGUGCAUGAACAAUAUUCACUCAAGAAACGAAAUCUAAUAGGAGGGAGCAAGCAUAUACCGGUGAGGAGGAGGGCCGGCGAUAUUUUGUAUUAUAAGGUGGAAGUUAAUCGUAACUCAACCCACGAGGGUCCGGUGCUUGAUGUUUCAUAUAACUCGACGCGGAGGCUCCUUGCAAGCUCAAGCACCGAUUGUGUUGUCAGGGUUUGGAAUCUACCGACUGCACGACGUAUUAGAGAUUAUAAAAACCAUACGUCACAGGUCAAUGCAGUUGAGUGGAAUCCUAUCAACCACGAUUUUUUUCUUAGUGGUUCAAACAAAGAAGUAAUACUGGAUGAUUCAAGGGAUUAUGAACCCCCUAAAAGGUGGGCUACCAAGUCUGAGGUUAAAACGGUAGCAUGGAAUCAUAGCAAUCAGUAUCAAUUCAUGAUUAAUUGUGCUGAUGGAACUGCUUUAGUGCAAGAUAUACGGAAUGGACCCCAUCUCGCUGUCGGUGAUGGAGAUAUCUCUGCCGUUUCUUACCAUCCCACAAAGAAUGUGUAUGCUAUGGGAUCACGAACGGGAAUGGUAAAGGUGUGGGAAGCUAAUUCGAGUAAGGAACUACAACAAGUGAAUCAUAUGUUUCGGCGGUCCGGAAGAAAUAAAAAAGCAAGGGAAAAUAUAUGCAUAUCCUGUUUGUCAUUUUCCCCUGAUGGAGAAAAUUUGGCAUACGGCACUACCAACGGAACCUUUGGCCUCAUCAAAGUGCAAUCCUAAGUAAACUUACUUUUGAUUAAAUGCUUCUUUGUUUUUUUGUGUCCUAAGUAAACUUUACUUUUGAUUAAUUGCUAUCAAUGUCGGCUAGUUUAUGAAUGAUUUUUGGUUUAGUUGUUAGUUGUUAGUUGUUACUAUGUAAACAAAUGUUAUAGUGUUGUGUUGUAAUCAACCGAAUGUUAAGGAUGAAUGAUUAGCUCUCUUAUGUCUUAA